AUGGAAUUUGAUCUGCCAGGCCCUGCUGCCGCUGCUGCGUCGCAGUCGAGCAAUGCGUCAGGUUGCACCAGCCAGCGCACCCUUUCGGCAUCGGCCGAUGUCGGCCAACCGAUCUCAAGCGCCGUCACUGCCACGCCGAGCUGGGCCAAGCCGUCUCCACAGCCCUCCAGCCACACCGCCUUCGACAAUAUCGCCGCCCGCGCGGCUGCCGUGCUCAACAGGACGCGCGACGCGGGGGCCGCCCACGGCGGCGAGCCGGCUGACGCCCGCGCCGCGCGCCUAGGUGUGCCACUUAAGGCCCUCGCGCUCGAGGCGGCCGCCGCGGGCCCCCUCUGGGAGCUCUCGCCCACGCCUUCCGACCUGUACGACUUUGACAUCACGCCUGACGCAUCUCCCCUCGGCUACGCCGGCUCGAGCACCGCCCACCUCGCGUCGCCCUUAAGCAUCAGCCCCAAGGCGCCAGUGCUACUACUGAAGGGCAGUGCUGCCACUGCUGCGUCGCAUUUGAGCGACGCGUCAGGUUGCACCAGCCACCACACCCUUUUGGCAUCGGCAGAUGUCGGCCAACCGAUCACAAGCGCCGUCACUGCCGCGCCGAGCUGGGCCGAGCUGUCUCCACAGCCCUCCAGCCACAUCGCCUUCGACAAUAUCGCCGCCCGCGCGGCUGCCGUGCUCAACAGGACGCGCGACGCGGGGGCCGCCUACAGCGUCGAACCCGCUGAGGCCCGCGCCGCGCGCCUGGGUGUGCCGCUGAAGGCCCUUGCGCUCGAGGCGGCCGCCGCGGGCCCCCUCUGGGAGCUCUCGCCCACACCCUCAGACCUGGACGACUUCGACGUCACGCCCGUUGCCUCUCCUCUCGGCUACGCCGGCUCGAGCACCGCCCCCCUCGCGUCGCCCUUAAGCAUCGGCCCCAAGGCCCUGACGCCAUCAAAGUGCAGUGCUAACGGCGCCCGCCCACUGGCCGGUGCCCUCGUCAGCCCCCGCUCCCUUGCAGAGCUGUGCGGCGGCGCCGCCGCACACGUGACUAUCUCUUACGUCACCAGUGACGGCGCCGCCGUCGUCACCGCCGCCAUCAUUGACGCGGCCCGCGGGUCCAGCAAGGCGGGGCGCAGACCCCCGCGCCCCAGGCGGCAGUGUGCCGCGGUCGCCUCUGCGGCGGCGCCGGCCACGCUGCUGCAGGCCGUGCCGGCCACGCGCUGCCGGCGGCCGCCCCACACCAUCAAGGCGGUCGCCGUACCGCCGCUCCUGUGCAGCAAAACGAGCACCCCGCUUCCGCCUCUGCCGCAUCUGGGCCUGCCGGCGGCACCCCUGCUGCUGCUGCCCGCCCCGCCAAAGCCCCGCCGGUCGGCGCCGCGGUGGUGGCAGGAGGAGGCGCCCGCACCCCGCCUGCUGGAGGGGCACGUCCAGCGCCACCUGGCGGCAAUGCUCGCAGUGGUGCCGGUGGUGCAGCCCUUGUGCGCUGAGGCCCUGUUGCACAUGCCUCCGCUGCUCACGGCUGCCUGCUGCGAGGCUGUGGCCGCGGCGCCUCCGCCGCGGCCACUGGCAGAGGAGGAGCCAAAAACGCUGCACUUUGGCUCGUUCAAUGCUGACAUUGACUGGUGCGUUGGGGAGUCUGGCUGCAGCACAGAUGCACGGAUGCAAGAUGCGGGCGCCGAGACGGCGCCGGCGUCGUCGCAGCCCGUGCUCAACUUUGCAGCGCACAGCGGCCCGGAAUCCAUGAUGUUUGGCAGCUUCGGCAACGCCGCGCCUGCGCCACAGGGAGACGGCGGCGAGACGGCUUCAGGGUCGGCGGCAGCACCCCUGCCAGCUGAGCUGGCUUUGACUUGCAUCGCUUUCGGAAGCUUCGCCGAUUUGAGCGCCGCCGACGAGCCUGAGUCUGACGGCGUCGCAGGGCGGCACGAGGAGCAGCAACUACAGUCAGAUGAGCAGCAGGAGGAGGCAGCACCGCUGGUGUACCAGACCUAUGGCAGCGCAGUGGACUGGAGCGCAGCCUUCUCCGACGACGACGAUGAAAUGGAGAAGGAAGAGGAGCAGCAAGAGGAGCAGCAGCAGGACCGGCAGCAGUGCGAGGAGCAAGAUGACGCGCAGUGGCAAGAGCAGCAGGCGUGGACGGGACACCCUGCCGCGCGCCUGCUGGAGCGGCGUUGUUGGGGUUGCGGCCCGGGGCAGGCGCCCCGGAGCAUCUACAACUGGAGCAGCUGGCGACAGCCCGGGCCUUCACGGCUCAGGGUCAGCACCUGCAGCCGUGCCUUGGGCGGCAGCGAUGGCGGCAGCCAGGACAGUUAG